CAAGCAGACGCUCUCAUUAACAGCUGAUUGCAAUAAGACUGAGUGAAAUCGCAAAAAGUAAGAACAUAGUUUACAUCAAUGCAAGUGUAAACACAAAUCGGGUGCCUUGAAGUAAAAAAUCGUUUCUUGAGAUAUUAAGAGCAAGUACUACACCGACAAUCCGGGUGGAUGGUCAUUUUUUCCACGCCUGACGUAUUUUACACUGGUUUUAGUGUAGAAAAGGUAUAUCUUUGAUUUCAGACCUUAAAAUUGUUCAAAACGACGUCGACUGGAAACCUAUUAUUCGCAGCAAUAGUUAAAGAAUAACACCUGUUUGUAACCAUGCGUUGAGUUUUUUUAUCAACUUUCCGCGGUGCCGAAGACAGGCUGUUUUUUAACACACAAAGUGUAAAUAAAUUUUAGCCUGCAGCAAUGGUUCAAAAUAUUGAGGCUGGAUCAUCAUAAAUGUACAUGAUCCUUCUUGGAAUGCAGUAGACGUUAGGUAACUUACGAACUGUACUGUUCAUAGAUCGACUAAAAGACUAAAUGUAAGAAAAAGAUAACAUCCAAAUGCGAUGUGUUCCUGUUUCUUCAGGCUUAUUUGACUUCCAUUGAGCUGGUCGGCAUUAUUCAGCCAUAACGGUAGUUGUUUUGCAUAGUUAUGUCUAAAUUUUGGAUUGCAAAACAGUAUGAGGCUCUCCUGUUUCAUAUAAAUUAUCUGCUAUUUGAAACGUGGCGUUUUAAAAGAAGGUGGAAACAGUCGACAGGGAAAGUAAUCAAACCCCAGGAAGCCUUCCUUACAAAAAUGACUGGAGUGCUCGUUACACACAUCAUUUGGGGUAUAACUUGUGAGACGUGCUACCUCUCAGAUUACGAAAAUUUAAAUCGACAGCAGCUGGAGUUGUCGUGCGGUGGUACCUUUUUGGGGAUAUUUGACGUUAAGGAGCUAUACAAAUGAACGGGGCCAUUUGUUAAUUAGUCCACUGAAAGGCCAUCGCGAUUUAAAAUUGUCACUGCCAGUUAUUGUUGCUUCGUAACGAGAUUCAUGUAUCCUUUAGGAGUGUUUUCGAAAAGUUGUAACGAGCACUCCCGUCACUACAGAAAAAUACCUCUCGGGAACCAAACUGUAUUGAAAAAUUUAACUUUCCUCUAUACUAAAUUACGGCAGUGUGAUGCAUGUAUCGCCCCAAGUAGGGGAAUCCGAUAAAUUUUUGCUUGUGGAAUCCGGAAUACAGCUCAAGGAAUUCGGAAUCCAACUAACGAUUUGAAUCCAGUACCUGGAAUCCAAAAUGCACGGCGUGAAAUCCAGCAUCUAAGACUGUCUUUGAUUCCCUUAUGCAUGGGUCGACAAUUAUAGUAAACGCGUCUGAGUGCAGUGUGUCGUGGAAAGCAGGACAGAUCCCUGUUGUAAUUUACCUUCCCUUCCCUUCAACCCUGAAAAAGUUGAUUUCAAAAGCAAAAUAUGAAAGCCAUUUCAUUUUAGUUCAAGAAAUUCUUAGGUUUUUUCUUGUCUGCCCACGGUGUAAUUGAGGUGAAAGCUAAUUAUGUUAUGCUUUGUUUGCACGUGUGCUUUGAUAUAUGUUAAUACACAUAAAUGUAUGAAAUACUAAGGAGAGGUAUUUUGGGGUGCAAAAUUAUUUAGUGAUUUUUGGGGGUAUACAGCUUUUUUUUGUGUGUACUCUUUAGGUCCAACACGUAUUCGUAAACACGCCAGGUAACCACCUCCCCCUCCACCCUUCUUUGCCCUGACUACGACCCAUGGAUAAUUGCGCGGGCAGCACAAUAUGCGCAUUUUUGGUGGUGCGGAAUAAGCUGGAAUAUGAUGUCACGUCAGUGGCAUGUUUAAACAUGCGCUUUCGUUUUCACAGUAUUUCCCUUCGUCAUUCAAGCAGAUGCUCCCAUUAACAGCUUGCAAUAAGACUGAGUGAAAUCGCACAAAGUAAGUACAUCAUUUACAUCAAGGCAAGCAUACAAAUAGGGUGACCUACUUGUAGUAAAAAAACUGUUCCUUAAGAUAUUAUUAAGAGUAAGCACUACACUGACAAUCCGGGUGGAUGCUGUUCCACGCUUGACGCAUUUUACACCGAUCUUAGGAUUGAAAGGUAUAUCGUUUGAUGUUUCAAACCUUAAAAUUGUUAAAAACGACGUCGACCUUUUUUGCAUCGAUAGUUAAUGAAUAAUACCUUUUUGUAACCAUGCGUUGAGUAUUUUUGCCAACUUUCCGCGCUGCCGAAUACAGGCUGUUUCAUAACGCGAAGUGUAAACAAAUUUUCGCCUGCAGCAAUGAUUGAAAAUAUUGAACUUGAAUCAUCAUAAAUGUACAUGAUCCUCCUUCCUGGAAUGCAGUGGACGUUAGUUAACUUACAUAGAUACUGUUCAUAGAUCGACUAAGGGACUAAAUGUAAGAAAAAGAUAGCCCCCAAAUGCUAAAGAAUUGAAGCGAUGUUUUCCAGUUCAGUUCUUCAAGCUUAUUUGACUUCCACUGAGCGUGUCGGCAUUAUUCAGCCAUAACGGUAGUUGUUUUGUAUAAUAAUGUCUAAAUAGAUUUCAAAACAGUAUGCAAUGUGUUAAGAUAUCAGUUAUUUGAAACGGGAGCAUUUUAAAAGAAGGUUAUGAAAACAGUCGACAGGUAAAGAAAGCAAACGCCAGGAGGCCUUCCUUACCAAGCAAAUGACUAGCUUAAUGACUGGAGUGCUCAUUGCAUGCAGCAUUUGGGGUAUAACUUCUCGUACCUUUAAGAUUACUAAAAUUUGACGCAACAGCAGCUGGAGUUGUCGUGGUACGUUUUUGGGGAAUUUGAAGUUAAUGAGCUAUACAAAUUAACGCGGCCAUUUGUUAGUGAACUGAAAAGGCCAUCGCGAUUUAAAAUUGUCACUGCCAGUUAUUGUUGCUUCAUAACGAGAUUCACGUAUCCUUCAGGAGUGUUUUCGAAAAUUUGUAACGAGUACUCCCGUCACUACAGUACAAUACUCACCGGGAACCAAACGGUAUUAAAAACUUUUAAAACUUUUCUCUGCACUAAAUUACGGGCAGUGUGAUGGGUAUACUGUACCGCCCCAACUAAGGGAAUCUGGGAAAAUUUUGCUUUUACAAUCUAGAAUCCUGGGCCUUAGUCGAAUCCGGAAUACAGCUCAAGGUUCCGAAUCCCACUAACGAUUGGAAUCCAGAAUCCAAGUUCCUCUGACAAAGACUGGAAUCCAGUAUCUGGAAUUCGGAAUCCACUGCGUGAAAUCCAGAAUCCAAGACUGUCUUGGUUUUCCUUAUACAUGGGGCGACAUAUUGACUAGUAGUGCAGUGUGUCGUGGAAAGCAGGGCAGAUCUUUGUUGUAAUUCACCUUCCCUUCCCUUCCCCUCCCCCUGAAAAAAGUUGAUUUAAAAAGCAAAAUUUUAAAAGCCAUUUCAUUUUAUUUCAAGAAAUUCUUAAAACGGUUUUCUCUUUUCUGCCUACGGUGUAAGGUGAAAGCUAAUCAUGUUGUGCCUUGCUUGCACUUCUGCUAUUGAUAUUAAAACGUUUUCUCAAAUAACUGUUAUACGAAGAAACGAUAGGUGUAGGUGAACUUUUAUAGUAUAUAUGUAUUAAAGUGCCGUCAAAAAAUUCCUGUCGCAACAGUAUUUUUUUCCAGACACGUCAUCGACCUGCAGGCUACCAAAAUAUUUAUGGACGCAUUUGUGUCCACCUAUUAAGAAGGCUUAAAAUAGUAAAGACGAAAUACAUGAUUAGCUGUGGAUCAAUGAGCUGAGUAGGUCGGAUACCUUGACAGUAGACUCUGCGUGUUAUUUCUCUCUGCUCUCUACUCGCGCCAUUCUCCGUUCAUCUGGACGCCUGGAACAGGCAACUAACCAAAAAAUACUUCGCCGAGGUUCCCACCCCUGAGCAAUGACCUUGGGAUUGUGAAGGCUACAAGCGAAACCAAAUGGUACUAGAGCCGUGAAAUAUGCAAUUCAAAUGCGCAUUUUUUGGGACUUUAUAUUAACACUAAAAUAAAAAACAGACAUCACGCAGAGGCAUAUUGAAAAGAAAGAAACCGUCUUUGACGCGGUAUUUUUCCCGUAGUCGUUCAAGGAGUAACUCUUUAUGAAUACCUGAGAUGCCAUGCUAGAAUAAUUUGCUACCCGAGCCUUCGCCGUAAACAGUAAGUAGUACAUCAUUUACAUCACUCUCAGCUACAAAUGGUGUGGCUUUCUAUUUGCAGUAAUAAAACUGAAAAUCGGGGAAUGGAAUACUAGACGUGGGGCAUCGCGCAGUAAAACUGUUCAAACGAAAUGGACUUGCGACCUUGACAGCAAUAGCUUAAGAAUAAUAAGGUAUCUUUUGGCGACCAUGCGUUAAGUGUCCGUAGUUACGUUGCCAAGGCCAGGCGGUGACGAAGAAAAUAAGCUGUUUUUUAGAAACAAGCUUUUAACAAAGUUUAGCCUGUAGCAAUGUUUACAUGGCAUAUUUUGAGCCGUGUUGGACCUGAAGUAUUUUAUACCGAUACUCUUCUCAUUUAGAACGAAUUUCUUGACAAGACAGCAGAAUCCAUAAGUCUACACAAGCGACGUGUUCUUCCAACUGUUCCGAAAUUGUUUCACAACUGCUUCAAACCUCAACGCAUUUAUUGUUUCCUCAACAGUAAGUACAUCAUUUACAUUAAUGCAAGUAUAGGUGUCUAAUUGUAGUAAAAACCGUUCCUUAAGAUAUUAAGAGUAGCUAAGAGUACUUCAAAAACUGACUAUCCAAGUGGUGCAGUGCUUGACGCAGUCUUAGUAGAAAGGUACUAUUUGAUGUUUCAAACCUUAAAACCGUCCAAAACGGCGUCACUUUGACAACCUUUUGGUUUUUCUGCCGCAAUAGUUAUGAGAUAAUGGCAUAUUUCCUCAGGGAUAGUAAAGUGUAAACAAUUUUCUGAUUUUCAGCCCAUAUACAAUGCUAUAUAGCAAUGGUUCAAAAUGUUGAGCCUAAAUCGCACACAUGAUCCUGCUAAGAAUGCGGUAAACAUGAGAUACUGUUCUUAGAUGGACUAAGACACUAAAUGCAAAAACUGGUGAAAAGAAUGUUAGCGACGACGUGUUCCUGAUCCUGUUUCGCCAAGCUUUUCAACCUCUCCAUUGAUUGUGUCGUCAAUUCAGGCAUGACGGAAGUUGAUUUGCAUAGCAAUAUAUAAAUGAAUUUUGGCCUGCAAUCCGACCCCACCUAGGAACAGUCGACAGCAAAACCCGGGGGGACCCCCCUUACAAAAAAGAUUGUGCUUCUAAACCCUGUUGACGUAUACACUGUAAAUUGUGAAGUGGUACCGCUUACGGUGCUAGACCAUUCUCAAUUAUUCAAAAAACUGUUAUGCGAAAAACAUGUGUGGCUGAACUUUCAUGGCAUGUCACGCCAUCGACCUACAGCUUCCGGUUACCAAAAAAAAUUAGUAUGUAGGCGUAAUAUGAAGAAGAAAUACAUGAUUAGCUGCGGGUCAACGAGCUGAGUAGGUCCAACACGCUGACAGUGAAAAUAUGGACGCCAUUGUGCAAUUGACAUAUUGCUUUCUUUUUCGGUUCCCGGCGGCUCGUUAUUUUCUCUCCGCUCUCCACUCGCACCAUUCUCCGCUCAUCUGAACGCCUAAAACAGGCCAGUUCUUACCAUAAAAAAUUGGUCAGCGGUGCGAAGUUUUUCCCAAAUCUGUCCACAUUCUUAGGAUGCUCGUGUUAUACCGACUAAUGUGCAUGGUGUGUGGCCGCGAAGGCCCUAGUGUUGAGUUCAAGGUCUGUCUGAUGUCACAGUAAUCACGUGAAAGCACAUGCAAGGGAUGCAACAAUCAUUGUUCGAUUCGCAAGCACACGUAGUUCAGGGACACAGAUUCUGUACAAAAUAUGAGACUUUUUUAUUCUUUUUUCCGGCCGGUAAUCUACGCGAUUGUUUUUUCAAAAGCGCAUUCGCUCUUACUUAAUUCUAUAGCAACUCAGACAGCCAACGUGAUGCACAUGAAUGUAUGAAUUAAUAACUAAAAGGUGGUUUUCAGUUUUGGGGUACAAAAAUUAUUCAGUGAUUUUUGGGGUAAAUAGCUCUUUUGUGCGUGUAGUCUUUAGGUCCAACUUGAAAUCUCGAAUAGGCCAAUUUACCCCCUCUUUCUCCCCACCCCCCACCCUGACUAUGACCCGUUGAUAACGUUAGCUGCAAAAUAUGCGCAUUUUUGGUGGUGCAGAAUAUCAUGUCUCGUUGUAUGUUGUAAACAUUUGCUUUCGUUUUCACAGUAUUUCCCUUCGUCAUUCAAGCAGACGCUCUCAUUAACAGCUUGCAGUAAGACUGAGUGAAAUCGCAAAAAGUAAGUACAUCAUGAACAUCAUUAAUCUGGGUGUCUAUAAACUGUAGUAACAAACCGUUCCUUAAGAUAUUAAGAGCAAGCACUACCCUGACAAUCCUGGUAGAUGCUACUGCUCCACGCUUGAGGCAUUUUAAGCUGAUUUGCUGAUUUCAGUGUAGAAAGGUAUAUCAUUUGACGUUUCAGACCUUAAAAUUGUUCAAAUCGAAGUCGACUUACAACCUUUUUCGCAUCGACAGUUAAGGAACUGAAUACCUUUUUGAAACCAUUCGUUGAUUAUUUUUUUUUUCAACUUUCCGCUGUGCCGAAAACAGCCUGUUUCUUAACACAAAGUUUAAAUAAAUUUUCGCCUGGAGCAAUGGUUCCAGAUAUUGAGUUUGAAUCAUUAUAAAUGUACAUGAACCUGCCAGGAAUGAAGUGGACGCGUUGAGGUACCUUAUCGAAUCAAUAUACUUUUCAUAGUUAGACCAAGAGAUAGACUAAAUGUAAGAAAGACAUCCAAACGUUAAAGAAUGUAAGCGACGAGUCAUUUUCUGUUUCUUCAUGCUUAUUUGACUUUAAUUCCAUUGAGCGUGUUUGCAUUAUUCAGGCAUAACGGUAGUUAUUUUGCAUAGUAAUGUCUAAAUGAAUUUGGGAUUGCCAAACAGUAUGAGGCUCUCCUGUAAUACAUAAAUGGCUGUAGUGCUCGUUGGGUAUAUACUUUUCUGUGCGUGUAGUCAGCUUUAGGUCCAACGCGAAUUCUUAAAUACUCCAAUUUACUCCCCCUCCCUCCCCCUCCCCACCGUCCUGACUAUGACCCAUGGAUUGAUUGUGCAGAAUAUGAUGUCACUUUGUGGCAUGUCGUAAACAUCCGCUUUCUUUUUCACAGUAUUUCCCUUCGUCAUUCAAGCAGACGCUCUCAUUAACAGGCUGCAAUAAGACAGAGUGAAAUCGCAAAAAGUAAGUACAUCAUUUACAUCAAAGCAAGUAUACAAAUCGGGUGACCUAUAGUUAUAGUAAAAAAAGUUGCUUAAGAUAUUAUAGAGCAAGCACUACACUGACAAUCGGGGUGGAUGCUGUUCCACGCGUGACGCAUUUUACACUGAUUUUAGGGUAGAAAGGUAUAUCAUUUGAUGUUUCAGACCUUAAAAUUGUUCAAAACGACGUCGACUAGCAACCUUUUUCGCAUCGAUAGCUAAUGAAUAAUACCUGUUUGUAACCUGACCAUGCAUUGAGUAUUUUUGCCAAAAAGGCUGUUUCUUACCGCGAAGUGUAAAUAAAUCUUAGCCUGCAGCAAUGAUUGAAAAUUUUGAACUUGAAUCAUCAUAAAUGUACAUGAUCCUCCUUCCUGGAAUGCAGUAGACGUUAGGUAACUUACGAACUGUACUGUUCGUAGAUCGACUAAGGGACUAAAUGUAAGAAAAAGAUAACACCCAAAUGCUAAAGAAUUGAAGCGACGUAUUGCUGUUUCUUCAAGCUUAUUUGACUUCCAUUAAGCGGGUCGGCAAUAUUUAACCAUAAUAAUAGUUGUUUUGAAUAGUAAUGUCUAAAUGGAUUUUGGAUUGCAAACCGUAUGAGGCUCUCCUGUGGUAUAUAAAAUAUGUGCUAUUUGAAACGGGGAGUUUUAAAAGAAGGUGAAAAAAUCGACAAGGAAAGUAAGCAAACCCCAGGAGGCCUUCGUUACAAAAUCGUUGCACGCAGUAUUUGGCAUGGGGUAUAACUUGUGAAGUGGUUGUUCUCAGAUUACUUAAAUGUAAAACGACAGCAGCUGGAGUUGUACAUUUCGUGGUACCUUUUUUGGGGAAUUUGACGUUAAGGAACUGUACAAAUGAACUGAGCCAUUUGUUGGUCAACUAAAAAAGCCAUCGAGAUUUAUGAUUGUCGCUGCCAUUUAUCGUUGCUUCAUAACGAGAUUCAUGUAUCCUUCAGGAGUGUUUUUAAAGGAUCUGUGUCACGAAAUUCAGCCAAAUUAGGAAAUUACAAAAUGCCUAUUAAAUUAAGAGACACAUAAAAAUAGCCGCUUAAAACUUUAAAGGAAGGUUAAAAUAACAUACCGGAAACAACAAAUGCCAAGGAUAGGCAAAACUGAAGAGGAUUGAAACGGAUUGAAUUAGGAUUUGUGAAAACUGUUCAGCCUAACAGCUUUUUCAAAAUUGAUCCCUGCUGCUUGCAACUUCAAAAAUAAUGCUCAGGAGACAUAUUUGUUUGCCUCAGAUCUCUGAUUUUGUCAUUUACGUGUAGUUUCUUUGCUUACUUUAAGUUCCAUAGCGAUUGAGGGAGAGUAAUUCGCAAAAUUAGACAAAAUGAACUGGCCUACCGUGACACGGCCCCUUUAAAAUAGUAAAGAAGAAAUAAAUGAUUAGCUGUGGCUCAAUGAGCUAAUAAGUAGGUCGCCUACCCUGACAGUAGAAACACGGACGUCAUCGUACAAUUGAUUCAAUGAUUUCUCUUUCGAUUCCGCUUGUUAUUUCUCUCUCCUCUCUACUCGCGCCAUUCUCCGCUCAUCUGAACGCCUGUAACAGGCAACUAACCACAAAAAUACUUCACCAAGCUUCCCACCCCUGGGCAGUGACCUUUGAAUUGUGAAGGCUGCAAGCGAAACCAAAUGGUACUAGGGCCGUGAAAUAUGCAAUUCAAAUGCGCAUUUUUGGGGGCUUGAAAUUACCACUAAAAUAAAAAAAAAAACAGACGUCACGCAGGGGCAUAUUGAAAGGAAAGAAACCGCCGUUGACGCGGUCUGUUUGCCUUAGUCAUUCAAGCAGUAACUCUCUGUAAAUACCAUGAAAACCAUGCUACAAUAAUUUGCUAUCCGAGCCUUCUAAGCCUUGGUCGUAAACAGUAAGUAGUACAUUAUUUACAUCAACUCAGCUACAAAUGAUGUGGCUUUCUAGUUGCAGUAAUAAAACUGACAACCGGGGAAUGGAAUACUUGACGUGGGGCAUCGCGCGCUAAAACUGUUCAAACGAAAUGGACUUGCGACCUUGACAGCAAUAGCUUAAGAAUACUAAGGUAUCUUUUGGCAAACCAUGCGUUAAGUGUCCGUAGUUACCUUGCCCAGGCGAUGACGAAGAAAAUGAGCUGUUUUUUGGAAACAAACUUUUAACAAAGUUUAGCCUGUAGCAAUGUUAGCUAAUGUUCACCAGGUAUACUAUUUUGAGACUUGCUGGACCUGAAGUAUUUUAUAUCGAUACUCUUCCCAUUAAGAACGAAUUUGUUGAGAAGACAGCAAAAUCCACAAGUCUACACAAGCGACGUGUUCUUCCAACUGUUUCGAAAUUGUUUCACCACUGCUUCAAACCUCAACGCAUUUAUUGUGUCCUCAACAGUAAGUACAUCUUUUACGUCAAUGCAAGUAUACAAAUGGGGUGUCUACUUGUAGUUAAAAUAUAUUAAGAGAUGCUAAGAAUACUUCAAAAACUGAAUAUCCAAGUGGUGUAGUGCUUGACGCAGUCUUAGUCCAAAACGGCGUCGCUUUGACAACCUUUUGGUUUUUUUGCCGCAAUAGUUAUGAGAUAAUGGCAUUUUUUCUCAGUGAUAGUAGAACGAGCGAAAUGCGAGCGCGCGUAAACUACAUCUUAGUCUCUUAGUCUACUAGUGUAAACAAUUUUCUGAUUUUCAACCGGUGAGGGUAAAAGGCGGAAUGAGUUUGCGGAAUGGCAUGUGGCAUGGCUUGCGGAAUGACAUAAUUAUGCGGAAUGUAAAAUGUGGCAAUUGGCGCAAAGAAAUAAAUUAAACUGAAAGGCAUGCGCGCGUCAUUGCGGCGCCUUUUUUGGCGCCACUUUGAGUGAGCAACUGCUUUACUGGUUCACGCCUUUAGACAUUUAUCUAUAAAAACAUACCUGAGAAUUGGCUAAGGUUCCUGACGGCAGCCUCCAAACGAAAACAUUGAAGUCCGGUAAAUAUAGUGAGGCGUUACCAAAAUAAAUACUUGUGCGUUUUGCUUCUUUUUGCUUCUUGUGCGUUUUGUUCAAAACGACGUCGACUGACAACCUUUUUCGCAGCGGUAAUAAUACCUCUUUGAAACCAUGCGUUGAGUAUUUUUGUCAACUUUCCGCGGUGCCGGAAACGGGCCGUUUCUUAACACAAAGUUUGAAUAAAUUUUAGCCUGGAGCAAUGGUUGAAAAUAUUGAGCUUGAAUCAUCAUAAAUGUACAUGAUCCUUCUUGGAAUGCGGUGGAGGUGAGGUAAUUUAUGAAGAUACCGUUCAUAGAUCGUCUAAAUGUAGGGACUAAAUGUAAGAAAAUGAUAACGCCAAAACGUUAAAGAAUGUAAGCGAUGUGUUCCUGUUUCUUCAAGCUUAUUUGAGUUCCAUUGAGCGUGUCGGCAUUAUUCAGCCAUAACGGUAGUUGUUUUGCAUAAUAAUGUCUAAAUGAAUUUCAAAACAAUAUGAGGCUCUCCUGCAGUAUGAAAGAUAUCAGCUAUUUGAAACGGGUCGUUUUAAAAGAAGGUUAUGAAAACAGUCGACAGGGAAAGCAAGCGAACGCCAGGAGGCCUUCUUUACCAAACAAAUGACUAGUUAAAUGACUGGAGUGCUCGUUGCACCCAGCAUUUGGGGUAUAACUUGUGAAGUGGUACCUUAAUUUAAGAUUACUAAAAUUUAACACGACAGCAGCUGGAGUUGUCGUGGUACCUUUUUGGGGCAUUUAACGUUAAGUAGCUAUGCAAACGAACGGGGACAUUUGUUAGUCAACUGAAAAGGCCAUUGCGAUUUUAAAUUGUCCGUGCCAGUUAUUGAUGCUUCAUAACGAGAUUCAUGUAUCCUUCAGGAGUGUUUUCGAAAAUUUGUAACGAGCACUCCCGUCACUACAGUACAAUACUCACUGGUAACUAUACGGUAUUAGAAAAUUUUAAAACUUUUCUCUGUACUAAAUUACGGGCAGUGGGAUGUGUAUACUGUACCGCCCCAAAUAAGGGAAUCCGGGAAAAUUUUGCUUUUACAAUCUAGAAUCCUAGGCCUUAGUCGAAUCCGGAAUACAGCUCAAGGUUCCAAAUCCCACUAACGAUUGGAAUCCAGAAUCCAAGUUCCUCUGACAAAGACUGGAAUCCAGUAUCUGGAAUCCGGAACCCACGGCGUGAAAUCCAGAAUCCAAGACUGUCUUGGUUUUCCCUGUAAAUGGGGCGACAUAUAGCAAACGUGACUUGUAGUGCCUUCCCGUCCCUUCCCACUCGCCCUGAAAAAAGUUAAAAAUCAAAAUUUUAAAAGCCAUUUCAUUUUAUUUCAAGAAAUUCUUUAAAAGGUUUUCCCUUGUCUGCCUACGGUGUUAGGUGAAAGCUAAUCAUGUUGUGCCUUGUUUGCACUUCUGCUACUGAUGUUAAAACGUUUUCUCAAAUAACUGCUUUACGAAGAAACGAUAGGUGUAGGUGAACUUUUAUAGUAUAUAUAUAUUAAAGGGCUGUCAAAAAAAUUCCUGUCGCAACAUUAUUUUUUUCUAGACACGUCAUCGACCUGCAGGCUACCAAAAUAUUUAUGGAUGCGUUUGUGUCUAAUUAUUAAGAAGGCUUAAAAAAAUAAAGACGAAAUACAUUAUUAGUUGCGGGUCAAUGAGCUGAGUAGGUCAGAUACCUUGACAGUAGAAACACGGAUGUGAAAAACAUGUGUGGCUGAACUUUCAUAGCAUGUCACGCCAUCGACCUACAGCUUCCGGUUACCAAAAAAAAUUAGUAUGUAGGCGUAAUAUGAAGAAGAAAUACAUGAUUAGCUGCGGGUCAACGAGCUGAGUAGGUCCAACACGCUGACAGUGAAAAUAUGGACGCCAUUGUGCAAUUGACAUAUUGCUUUCUUUUUCGAUUCCCGGCGGCUCGUUAUUUUCUCUCCGCUCUCCACUCGCACCAUUCUCCGCUCAUCUGAACGCCUAAAACAGGCCAGUUCUUACCAUAAAAAAUUGGUCAGCGGUGCGAAGUUUUUCCCAAAUCUGUCCACAUUCUUAGGAUGCUCGUGUUAUACCGACUAAUGUGCAUGGUGUGUGGCCGCGAAGGCCCUAGUGUUGAGUUCAAGGUCUGUCUGAUGUCACAGUAAUCACGUGAAAGCACAUGCAAGGGAUGCAACAAUCAUUGUUCGAUUCGCAAGCACACGUAGUUCAGGGACACAGGUUCUGUACAAAAUAUGAGACUUUUUUAUUCUUUUUUCCGGCCGGUAAUCUACGCGAUUGUUUUUUCAAAAGCGCAUUCGCUCUUACUUAAUUCUAUAGAAACUCAGACAGCCAACGUGAUGCACAUGAAUGUAUGAAUUAAUAACUAAAAGGUGGUUUUCAGUUUUGGGGUACAAAAAUUAUUCAGUGAUUUUUGGGGUAUAUAGCUCUUUUGUGCGUGUAGUCUUUAGGUCCAACUCGAAAUCUCUUAUAGGCCAAUUUACCCCCUCUUCCUCCCCACCACCCCGCCUUGACUAUGACCCGUUGAUAACGUUAGCUGCUAAAUAUGCGCAUUUUUGGUGGUGCGGAAUAUGAUGUCUGGUUGUGGCAUGUUGUAAACAUUUGCUUUCGUUUUCACAGUAUUUCCCUUCGUCAUUCAAGCAGAUGCUCUCAUUAACAGCUUGCAAUAAGACUGAGUGAAAUCGCAAAAAGUAAUUACAUCAUGAACAUCAUUAAUCUGGGUGUCUAUAACUUGUAGUAACAAACCGUUCCUUAAGAUAUUAAGAGCAAGCACUACCCUGACAAUCCAGGUGGAUGCUACUGCUCCACGCUUGAGGCAUUUUACGCCGAUUUGCUGAUUUCAGUGUAGAAAGGUAUAUCAUUUGAUGUUUCAGACCUUAAAAUUGUUCAAAUCGACGUCUACUGACAACCUUUUUCGCAUCGACAGUUAAGGAACUGAAUACCUUUUUGAAACCAUGCGUUGAUUAUUUUUGUUCAACUUUCCGCUGUGCCGAAAACAGGCUGUUUCUUAACACAAAGUUUAAAUAAAUUUUCGCCUGGAGCAAUGGUUCCAGAUAUUGAGUUUGAAUCAUUAUAAAUGUACAUGAACCUGCCAGGAAUGAAGUGGACGCGUUGAGGUACCUUCUCGAAUCAAUAUACUUUCAUAGUUAGACCAAGAGAUAGACUAAAUGUUUCUUCAUGCUUAUUUGACUUUAAUUCCAUUGAGCGUGUUUGCAUUAUUCAGGCAUAACGGUAGUUAUUUUGCAUAGUAAUGUCUAAAUGAAUUUGGGAUUGCCAAACAGUAUGAGGCUCUCCUGUAGUACAUAAAUGGCUGUAGUGCUCGUUGGGUAUAUACUUUUCUGUGCGUGUAGUCAGCUUUAGGUCCAACGCGAAUUCUUAAAUACUCCAAUUUACUCCCCCUCCCUCCCCCUCCCCACCGUCCUGACUAUGACCCAUGGAUUGAUUGUGCGGAAUAUGAUGUCACUUUGUGGCAUCUCGUAAACAUCCGCUUUCUUUUUCACAGUAUUUCCCUUCGUCAUUCAAGCAGACGCUCUCAUUAACAGGCUGCAAUAAGACAGUGUGAAAUCGCAAAAAGUAAGUACAUCAUUACAUCAAAGCAAGUGUACAAAUCGGGUGACCUAUAGUUAUAGUAAAAAAAAGUUGCUUAAGAUAAUAUAUAGAUUUAGCCAGGGCUAAAAGCGAAGCUCCCGUUAAUAAAUUCAUAAUUUAAAUCAAACAAUAAACUUGUAAUCCACAGAUCAGGGCACAUUCAUUUGACUUUUGAGGCAAAGGCUGAGUGAUUUUAGAGAAAAAUAAUUUGACCGUCCAAGAGUGAAACAAAUUUUACAUCGAGUUAUUAAAUAGUCUUAUUUGUACACCGAAAAAUAGCAAUCAUGUUCGAUCACAGUAGAUUAGGCCUGGAAAACAAAUAGACCUAUUCGUGUAUUGUAUUUGCAUUAGCUGUUGCUCCGUUUGAGAGACCAUGGAUGAUUGGAUGACCCCGAAAUACAAUUUUUUAAAAUCAAAAGAAUUAAAAGAAACACACGCGCCACGAUAGUCCUUGGUGGCAGCCAAUUUACACGUUGUAUUCCUCGGUCUAAAAGGGAGGCCAAAAUAAAAAAUCAGGCCGGAUUUUUUGUGUUCGACACGUUUACUUUACAAGUAAAUCUUGGCGACGAAUCUGGUGGCGUGUAAACCAGCCUUUUAAACAUAAUUUUUCUCAUCACGUCUCAGGUAAGCGCAGUACUAUGAGGCCCUUUUUUAUCAUACAGACCUCGGAUAGAAUUUUGUUCUUUUUUGCCCUAUUUAAACCUAUAAUUCUGCAGUUUUUCACAAUUUUGCAAGACAAAUUACACUCAUUCAAUAUCCAGGCCCUAGUUGUUCAAAAGCUGGAUAGCGCUAUCCAUCGGAUAAAUCUCUAUCAGGGCCGAGUUGUUCAAAGCUGGGUUAAGAUAACCCCAGUGUUAGUGCGAGAUUUGAAUUCAGAUUUGAAAGCUUAAAAAGCAUUUCAGUUUUAAUUCUUUUUGUCUACAAGUUGAUAAUUGGAAGCUCUAAACAUACCAGAGAAAAUUAUCCGAGAAAAUGCUUUUGAACACAAGAAAAAGAAACCCGGGUUAAGCGCUAAUCGGCCUUUGAGCAACUGGGCCCAGGACGAUAAAAGCACGCGCUUCCUUUGCACAACAAAUUAUAGCAUUGCCAGAUUAUAAAACGUUUUCAUGAAGAGAAUUCCAUGAUGCCGGGACUUUUCAGUACGAAAAAUCUGGUCCUAUGUGAUAUGCAGGGUAAUAAUUAUGGGCUUUUAGUGAAAACGAUAAAAAAAUUCCCAAAACCACCUUUUCGGCCAGCCGGACGGGUUCUUACUUUUGACAGGCACCAUAUUUGCAGUGCCGAUUAAUAGAGUUAACAUUUACGCUUCAACGUGAUAGAGAAUUUGUUAUGUUUAGGUUUUAUUUCCCUUUAUUUAGAAAACUGUAUAUGAUUUGUUACGUGUAAUCUUUAAAAGCGAGCUAUUUACGCCCGGCGUUUUGAGUAUUCCUGCAUGCGAUGUUUUAUGUUCGACUGGAAAGAACCGGUGCAGUGCUGAAAAUUGCGAGAGGGACCACUAACAAUCAAUAAAACAAAUAUAAUUCGGUGAAACAUGUAAAGAGACAAUAAGUUUCAUUCACGAAGACAAGUAUUGAGAGCAGUGUCUCUGAAAAUCAUGAGUCAGGUAAGCAUAAGCUUAUUUAUGUUUUAAGCCGGCUUCCCGGUGUUUGCUCUUUUUCAAGAGGAACUCGAGGCAAGAAAAUCGCUCAGAGCUUUCUGUUUACAGCCAAAAUCAUAACUAAAUAUUCUUCGAAACCUUCUCUUUGAAUUUGCGGUCAAAAAAUGUCUAAAGGCUUUUUAAACUUGAUACUAUUGUAGCUUAGAUCAUUGCUCGUGUAGAAAUUUAAGCCCUAUAAACCAUACGCUCCACUUCAGGAAACCGAAAACAAAUAAAAUACACAUCAAAGACAAUAAUUGCUCAGGCUUACCAGUGGAGAUGUCGCUUCCGAAGGUCAUCAAGUGUUCCAGGAUCGCUUGAGACUUUUCAACCCUCUUACCCCUCAAGCAAGGGCAAGUGAGUAAGCUCAUUUUUGAAAACGAUGUCAUCCGAAAUCGGAUUUCCAACGACUUUGACAAGCGGUGCAUUUGUCAACAAAAAGCGCAAUAAACAAACCAGCCAUGAAUUACAGAACAAUCUUGAGAGCAGCUGUAUUUCAUUUUGUAUAUCAAGUAGAAAAAGACUGUUUAAAACAUCACAAGAUGACACAAAACUCUGUCAGCUUCAGCUAUCAGAAAGCAAGUUUCUAGAUGCUGCAUAAAUUUUCCGCAUGAACUCACCUGUCAAAUUUUGACCAAUCAGAACAUAAAAAUUGGACGUAGAGCGUGAUCAACGCGUGACGGUGACAAAAGUCAAAAGCGAUUGUCUUCCCUGCAUGUAAAAGCCGGUUGAAUUUUCGCGUCCGAGGUCAGUUCGAAAUCAAAAUUUUAAAAGUGUGGCUCAUGAACACGACUUCUUUCAUAUGUAUUUUUAAAAAAAUGAUUUUGAACCUGCGAUCAUUUGAAAAGCAGCAACUUUUUAAAAGUGCGGCUCAUGAACACGACUAAUUUUAUAUACAUUUUUAAAAAAUUGAUCUUGAGCCUGCGAUCAUUUGAAAAGUAGCAACUUGUCAGUGGAUACCUUCAAAAGAGCACUCGAACUCAGUGGAUCGAUACCUGAGCCCGCGAUACCGUCAGUCGAUACUGGUCAGCAGAAAAUCUAUUUUGACAGCUGUCAAUUAAUCAAAACAUAGGUGUUCAAUAUCAGGUUGCAGGCUCCCAUACUAGCUAGAAAGUGUGAGAUUAAACAUUGGUAUGCCUGUGGUGUAGACGGACGUAAGGUCGGGUGGUCGGUGUACCGUCACGUGAUUGCCGAAUUUUCUAGGAUGGAUAGAUUUUCUAUAAAGCUAUGGGGCUUUGAAUUGAGUCCGUGAUCAAAUAAAUUAAAAUAUCAGCGCAAAACUUUAAACACUACGUGACCUCAAUGUAUAUAAAAAUGAGCCCGCGAUCCACUCAUGUGAUGAUGGUCAGCGUAUACUCUAGUUUGACAGCUGCCAAUUAACCUUCAUUAGAAUGGCGAAUAUUCGAAUUAACAGACUACGAGUGUGAGUAGGACAUAUCCGACCGCAUUUAGUGGAAAAUGCCAGAUCGUGUACCUGAGCGAACCUGAGCCCACGUUAUUAGUUUUCUGAUAGUGGUCUGCACAUGUCCCAUUUUGACAGCUGUCAAUUGACCUUAAUUUGGCUUGCCAAUGUAACUUUCAACGACUGUCAGCCCUGACAGCCUUGCCCGGCGUAGUUUCGUUUUUAUGUUGAAUUGGUAAGUGUGACAUAUUAUAUCAGCUUAUAUAUAGGGGCACAACGACUGGUCUUUUAUCUGAACCCGCAAGAUGGUCAUGUGAUAUAUGUCAGCGGAUGUCUGAUUUUGACAGCUGUCAAUCUAAUCGUACUCAUACGGAUGGCUUACAUAACUAAGAGGCUAGUCAAGUUGUGCAAGAUCUAUUGUGACAUUUGACAUCGGCUUACAUGAAGUGUGUGUACGGGUGGGCGUACGCUACUUCGUAACCAAAUUUUCUCAGAUGGAUAGUUUACCAAAUUUUCUUACCCAUGGUGCUCCGCUGCGCGCGCACUUCGCGCACGAGCUCCGCUAUUAUAGAGCAAGCACUACACUGACAAUCGGGGUGGAUGCUGUUCCACGCUUGACGCAUUUUACACUGAUUUUAGGGUAGAAAGGUAUAUCAUUUGAUGUUUGAGACCUUAAAAUUGUUCAAAACGACGUCGACUAGCAACCUUUUUCGCAUCGAUAGUUAAUGAAUAAUACCUGUUUGUAACCUGACCAUGCGUUGAGUAUUUUUGCCAAACAGGCUGUUUCUUACCGCGAAGUGUAAAUAAAUUUUAGCCUGCAGCAAUGAUUGAAAAUUUUGAACUUGAAUCAUCAUAAAUGUACAUGAUCCUCCUUCUUGGAAUGCAGUGGACGUUAGGUAACUUACGAAGAUACUGUUCAUAGAUCGACUAAGGGACUAAAUGUAAGAAAAAGAUAACAUCCAAAUGCUAAAGAAUUGAAGCGACGUAUUGCUGUUUCUUCAAGCUUAUUUGACUUCCAUUAGGCGGGUCGGCAAUAUUUAACCAUAACAAUAGUUGUUUUGAAUAAUAGUGUCUAAAUGGAUUUUGGAUUGCAAACCGUAUGAGGCUCUCCUGUGGUAUAUAAAAUAUGUGCUAUUUGAAACGGGGAGUUUUAAAAGAAGGUGAAAAAAUCGACAAGGAAAGUAAGCAAACCCCAGGAGGCCUUUGUUAAAAAAUCUUUGCUCGCAGUAUUUGGGGUAUAACUUGUGAAGUGGUUCUUCUCAGAUUACUUAAAUGUAAAACGACAGCAGCUGGAGUUGUACAUUUCGUGGUACCUUUUUUGGGGAAUUUGACGUUAAGGAACUGUACAAAUGAACUGAGCCAUUUGUUGGUCAACUAAAAGAGCCAUCGAGAUUUAUGAUUGUCACUGCCAUUUAUCGUUGCUUCAUAACGAGAUUCAUGUAUCCUUCAGGAGUGUUUUUAAAGGAUCUAUGUCACGAAAUUCAGCCAAAUUAGGAAAUUACAAAAUGCCUAUUAAAUUAAGAGACACAUAAAAAUAACCACUUAAAACUUUAAAGGAAGGUUAAAAUAACAUACCGGAAACAACAGAUGCCAAGGAUAGGCAAAACUGAAGAGGAUUGAAACGGAUUGAAAUUAGGAUUUUUGAAAAACUGUUCAGCCUAACAGCUUUUUCAAAAUUGAUCCCUGCUGCUUGCAACUUCAAAAAUAAUGCUCAGGAGACAUAUUUGUUUGCCUCAGAUCUCUGAUUUUGUCAUUUACGUGUAGUUUCUUUGCUUACUUUAAGUUCCAUAGCGAUUGAGGGAGAGUAAUUCGCAAAAUUAGACCAAAUGAACUGGCCUGCCGUGACACGGCCCCUUUAAAAUAGUAAAGAAGAAAUAAAUGAUUAGCUGUGGCUCAAUGAGCUAAUAAGUAGGUCGCCUACCCUGACAGUAGAAACACGGACGUCAUCGUACAAUUGAUUCAAUGAUUUCUCUUUCGAUUCCGCUUGUUAUUUCUCUCUUCUCUCUACUCGCGCCAUUCUCCGCUCAUCUGAACGCCUGUAACAGGCAACUAACCACAAAAAUACUUCACCAAGCUUCCCACCCCUGGGCAGUGACCUUUGAAUUGUGAAGGCUGCAAGCGAAACCAAAUGGUGCUAGGGCCGUGAAAUAUGCAAUUCAAAUGCGCGUUUUUGGGGGCUUGAAAUUACCACUAAAAUAAAAAAAAAAACAGACGUCACGCAGGGGCAUAUUGAAAGGAAAGAAACCGCCGUUGACGCGGUCUGUUUCCCUUAUAGUCAUUCAAGCAGUAACUCUUUGUAAAUACCAUGAAAAUCAUGCUACAAUAAUUUGCUAUCCGAGCCUUCUAAGCCUUGGUCGUAAACAGUAAGUAGUACAUCAUUUACAUCAACUCAGCUACAAAUGAUGUGGCUUUUUAUUUGCAGUAACAAAACUGACAACCGGGGAAUGGAAUACUUGACGUGGGGCAUCGCGCGCUAAAACUGUUCAAUCGAAAUGGACUUGCGACCUCGACAGCAAUAGCUUAAGAAUACUAAGGUAUCUUUUGGCAAACCAUGCGUUAAGUGUCCGUAGUUACCUUGCCCAGGCGAUGACGAAGAAAAUGAGCUGUUUUUUGGAAACAAACUUUUAACAAAGUUUAGCCUGUAGCAAUGUUAGCAAAUGUUCACAAGGUAUACUAUUUUGAGACUUGCUGGACCUGAAGUAUUUUAUAUCCGUUCGAUACUCUUCUCAUUAAGAACGAAUUUGUUGAGAAGACAACAAAAUCCACAAGUCUACACAAGCGACUUGUUCUUCCAACUGUUUCGAAAUUGUUUCACCACUGCUUCAAACCUCAACGCAUUUAUUGUGUCCUCAACAGUAAGUACAUCUUUUACGUCAAUGCAAGUAUACAAAUGGGGUGUCUACUUGUAGUUAAAAUAUAUUAAGAGAUGCUAAGAAUACUUCAAAAACUGAAUAUCCAAGUGGUGCAGUGCUUGACGCAGUCUUAGUCCAAAACGGCGUCGCUUUGACAACCUUUUGGUUUUUUUGCCGCAAUAGUUAUGAGAUAAUGGCAUUUUUUCUCAGGGAUAGUAGAACGAGCGAAACGCGAGCGCGCGUAAACUACUCUUAGUCUACUAAACGUAAAGUGUAAACAAUUUUCUGGUUUUCAACCGGUGAGGGUAAAAGGCGGAAUGAGUUUGCGGAAUGGCAUGUGGCAUGGCUUGCGGAAUGACAUAAUUAUGCGGAAUGUAAAAUGUGGCAAUUGGCGCAAAGAAAUAAAUUAAACUGAAAGGCAUGCGCGCGCGUCAUUGCCGCGCCUUUUUUGGCGCCACUUUGAGUGAGCAACUGCUUUACUGGUUCACGCCUUUAGACAUUCAUCUGUAAAAACAUACCUGAGAAUUGGCUAAGAUUCCUGAAGGCAGCCUCCAAACGAAAACAUUGAAGUCCGGUAAAUAUAGUGAGGCGUUACCAAAAUAAAUACUUGUGCGUUUUGCUUCUUCAAAAUACUGUUGGCACCGAAAAUGUUACUCCUGCGAUCAAGAAUUACGUUGCGUUACUACUUUGAUUUCGUGACUGUCAUUUUGACAGCUCCGUCUCUUCAAACGUACGUUGUGCCACGUGCAGUCACAGAACAGAGUAUCACGCAGAGUCGCCGGCAGGUAAAGUUCAGUGUUUCAAAAUGGCUAAAAUUGACCCAGUUUCACCUUUUAACCCCAUUCUUUGAUUGAAAAAAGCAAUUUUCCUAAGGGAAAACAUAUAAGACGGACGAAAAACGAGCCUUUAGGCUGUAAAUAUCUAUUUACGUGCGUUUCGAAAUUGGAUGUGUUCCUGAACUUCGAUGGUGUCUUACAGAGAUUUCCUUCACUUACCCAAGCCAAUUCCCAGGUAUGUGUUAAAUGAAUGUCUAAAUGUGUGAUUUAAAUAGCGAGAAGAGAAUUUGGAGUUAUACCAUGAUGUUAAAUAUUGCCGUCGAAUAUGAGUAACGAACUUAAUUUUUGUUAUCCUGGAAACCUAUCCCUCAUUUUUAACAUUAUUUCGGUACGACCAGCUUCCCUAUUGUCCAGAAAGUAUCUUCUAGUGGAAGGAAAAGAAUUUUUCUGUUCGUGGAAAGUGUCCAAAUUUCUCCAUCCAGCUUCCUUUGCGAACGCGAGGAAAGUUGAUGUUAGCGAAUUUCAGGUUAAAGAUUAAUGCAGUCUGAGACGGGAACAAUCUACGUUAGAUUUCUUAUAUACCUAAAAGCUAUCCAUGAACAAAAAUGAAAGAAAUUGAUUUUUCAACUCUUGCCACGAAAUUAAGAUUUUGGUCGAUUUUUCUGUUUCGCACGUCUCAAGCUCGCAAUGCAACUGAGAAAACAAAAUACAAGAUUCGAUUCACCUCUGAAUAUUAUCAAUUAUGUCACGAUCACGUAGCCCACAGUCUCAUAAAGAAACACUUCUCCCCGGCACUUCUCACACGGUUUCGAAUACAAAUAUACUGAGGUAACAAGAAACUGUUAAGUUAAUCGUACAAACAUCUUUUGCAGAAAAAAAUUAAAGUAGAAGGGAGCGUGACCUUCAAAAGCAUCUUUUCUUCAAUAGAAGAAGAAUCUUUUUGGCUUUGCCGAAAAGGCUGGUCGACAAUGAGCCUUCGUGAUUUUUUGAUUGUCAUCGUAUGUUAAGCCCGCAACAUUAAAACAGCGGCUGCGUUUGCAAAUUGAUUGGCGCCAAAAAGGCCGCUCUUUUCAGUUUAAUUUAUUUCUUUGGAUCAUUCAGCUGCGUAUAUUAAAUUCCGCAUAAUUAUGUCAUUCCGCAAGCCAUGCCACAUGCCAUUCCGCAAACUCAUUCCGUUUUUUACCCUCACUGAUUCUCAACCUAUAUACAGUGCUAUAUAGCAAUGGUUCAAAAUGUUGAGCCUGAAUCGCACACAUGAUCCUGCUACGGAAUGCGGUGAACAUAGGAUACUGUUCUUAGAUGGACUAAGACACUAAAUGCAAAAAGUGGUGGAAAGAAUGUAUACAAGCGACGUGUUCCUGAUCCUGUUUUGCCAAGCUUUUCAACCUCUCCAUUGAUUGUGUCGUCAAUUCAGGCAUGACGGAAGUUGAUUUGCAUAGCAAUGUGUACUGACUGAAUUUUGGCCUUCAAAACUGUGUAAGGCUCUCCUUUAGUUGAUAAAAUAUAUGAAAUUUUGAACGGAUAUAUUAAAGGAAGGUGAUGGAGAAGAAAAAGCCCGUUGAAUUGGGCUCUUAGUGUCCUUUGUCUGAUCCCACCCGGGAACAGUCGAAAGCAAAACCCAGGGGGACCACCUUACAAAAAAGAUUGUGCUUCUAAACCCUGUUGACGUAUAAAUUGUGAAGUGGUACUGCUUACGGUGCUAAAACAUUCUCAAUUAUUCAAAAAGCUGCUAUGCGAAAAACAUGCGUGGCUGAACUUUCAUAGCAUGCGCACGCCAUCGAUCCACAGCUUCAGGUUCCCAAAGAAUAUUAUUAAGUAGGCGUAAUAUGAAGAAGAAAUACAUGAUUAGCUGCUGGUCAAUGAGCUGAGUAGGUCGAAUAGGCUGACAGUGAAAAUACGGACGCCAUUAUGCAAUUGACAUAUUGCUUUCUUUUUCGAUUCCCGCCCGCUUGUUAUUUUCUCCCUGCUCUCCACUUGCGCCAAUCUCCGUUCAUCUGAACGCCUGAAACAGGUCAGUACUUACCAUGAAAAUACUCCACUAAGUAAUUGGGGGUGACAAUUGGAGCCUGCAGAUUAUUCUCGGUCAACGGUACUCUAUAGUAGCGAAGUUUUUCCCAAAUCUGUGCACAUUCUUGGGAUGCUUGUGAUGUACCGACUAAUAUGCAUGGUAUGUGGCCGCGAAGGUCCUGGUGUUGAGUUCAAGGUCUGUCAGAUUUCACAGUAAUUACGUGAAAGCAUAUGCAAGGGAUGCAACAAUCAUUGUUCGAUUCGCAAGCACACGUAGUUCAGGGACACAGGUUCUGUACCAAAUAUGAGACUUUUCGAUUCUUCUUGCCGGCCAGUAACCUACGCGAUUGUUUUUUCAAAAGUGCAUACGCUCUUACUUGGUUCUGUAGUAACUCAGGCAGUCAACGUGAUGCACAUGAAUGUAUGAAUUAAUAACUAAAAGGUGGUUUUCAUUUUUGGGGUACAAAAAACUGUUCAGCGAUUUUUGGGGUAUAUAGCUUUUUUUUCGCUUGUAGUCUUUAAGUCCAACUUGAAAUCUCGAAUACGCCAAUUUACCCCCUCUUCCUCCCUACCCCCCGCCCUGACUAUGACCCGUGGAUAACGUUAGCUGCUAAAUAUGCGCAUUUUUGGUGGUGCGGAAUAUGAUGUCACCUCGUGGCAUGUUUAUCCGCUUUCGUUUUCACAGCGUAUUUCCCUUCGUCAUUCAAGCAGAUGCUCUCAUUAAUAGCUUGCAAUAAGACUGAUUAAAAUCGCAAAAAGUAAGUACAUCAUGAACAUCAUUAAUCUGGGUGUCUAUAAGUUGUAGUAAAAAACCGUUCUUUAAGAUAUUAAGAGCAAGCACUACCCUAACAAUCCUGGUGGAUGCUACUACUCCACCCUUGACGCAUUUUACACUGAUUUGCUGAGUUUAGGGAAGAAAGGUAAAUCAUUUGAUGUUUCACCUUUAAGAUUACUAACAUUUGCACGACAGCAGCUGGAGUUAUCGUGGUACCUUUUGGGGGUAUUUGACGUUAAGGAGCUAUACAAACGAACGGGACCAUUUGUUAGUCAACUGAAAAGACCAUCGCGAUUUAAAAUUGUCUCUGCCAGUUAUUGUUGCUUCAUAACGAGAUUCAUGUACCUUUCAGGAGUGUUUUCGAAAAUUUGUAACGAACACUCCCGUCACUACAGUACAUUACUCACUGGUAACCAUACGGUAUUGAAAAAUUUAACUUUCCUGGUUGUAUACUAAAUUACGGCAGAGUGAUGCAUAUAUCGCCCCAAGUAGGGGAAUCCGAUAAAUUUUUGCUUGUGGAAUCCGGAAUCCGGAAUCCGGAAUACAACUCAAGGAAUUCUGAAUCCCACCAUCGAUUGGAAUCCAGAAUCCAAGUUCCACUGACAAAGAUUGGAAUCCAGUACCAGGAAUCUGGAAUCCACGGCGUGGAAUCCAGAAUCCAAGACCGUCUUGGAUUCCCUUAUACAUGGGGCGACAUAUAGCAAACGUGACUAGUGCAGUGUGACGUGGAAAGCAGGACAGAUCUUUGUUGUAGUUCACCUUCCCUUCUCCCUCCCCCUGAAAAAGAAUUGAUUUAAAUAGCAAAAUAUAAAAGCCAUUUCAUUUUAUUUCAAGAAAUUCUUAGAAAGGUUUUCCCUCGUCUGCCUACGCUGUGAGGUGAAAGCUAAUUAUGUUGUUUCCUUGUUUGCUCUUGUGCUCUUGAUAUAUGUUAAUGAUCAAUAAUACGUUUUCUCAAAUAACUGUUAUGCGAAAAACGUUAGGUGUGGGUGAACUUUUAUAGUAUAUAGGUAUUUGAGUGCUGUCCAAAAAAUUCCUGUCGCAAACAUUAUUUCGACCUGCAGGUUACCAAAAUAGUAAAGAGGAAAUACAUGACCAGCGGCUGCGGGUGAAUGAGCUGACUUGGUCGAAUUCCCUGACAGUAGAACGCUGACGUCAUCGCCCAAAUGAUACAAUGAUUCCUCUUUCGAUUCCUCUAGUUAUUUUCUCUCUGCUAUCUACUCGCACCAUUCUCCGCUCAACGGAACACCUGGAACUGGCUACUCAUACUAAAAUACUCCACUAAGCUACCAACCCCUGGGCAAUGACCUAUGGAUUGUGAAGGCAACAAACGAAACCAAAUGGUACUAGAGCCGAGAAUUAAUUGUGCAAUUAAAAUGCGCAUUUUUGGGGGCUUAAUAUCGCCACUAAAAUAAAAACAGACGUCACGCAGGGGCAUAUUGAAAAGAAAGAAAACGUCUUUGACGCGGUCUGUUUCCCUUAGUCAUUCAAGCAGUAACUCUUUGUAAAUACCAUGAAAACCAUGCUACAAUAAUUUGCUGUCCGAGCCUUCGUCGUAAACAGUAAUUAGUGGAUCAUUUGCCUCAAGUCAGCUACAAUUCGUGUGGCUUUCUAUUUGCAGUGAUAACAAGGACAAUCGGGGAAUGGAAUGCUUGACGUGGGACAUCGCGCGCUAAAACUGUUCAAGCGACUUGCGACCUUAACCGCAAUAGCUUAAGAAUAUUAAAGUGUUGGAGACCAUGCGUUAAGUGUCCGUAGUGACUUUGCCCAGGCGGUGACGAAGAAAAUGAGCUGUUUUUUGGAAUUGAAACAAACUUUUAAAAAGUUUGGCCUGUAGCAAUUAAUGUUCACGAGGUAUAUGUUUCCUCAUGUUCUUUCCGCUUCCAGCAUGAAUAAAUAUCCUGACAAGACAACUUUUGACGAGCGAAGUUUAUUCAGCGUCCUAACGGUUUUCACUACAAAGUUACACUGCACAAUGAAUAAUAAUUUUUAGCGUGAUCUACAGCUAACUGAAUAUGAACAAAGAAUGGUCCGUAUUGGGAAUAGCGAUCUAAACAAUCGUCUGCUAAUUAAAUAUGCAAUAGCGUAUUGUAACAGUAUACUAUUUUGGGCCGUGUCGGACCUCAAGUAACUUAUAUCGCCGAUACUGCUCCUCAUUUAGAACGAAUUUCUUAACAAGACAGCAAAAUCCAUAAGUCUACGCAAGCGACGUGUUUUUCUAAUUGUUUCACCAUUGUUUCAAACCUCAACCAUUUAUUGUGUCCUCAACAGCAAGCUAAUUUACAUCAAUGCAAGUAUGCAAAUCGGGUGUCUACUUGUAGUAAAAAACAGUCCCUUAAGAUAAUAAGUGUACUUCAAAAAAUGACUAUCCAAGUGAUGCAGUUCUUGAUGCAGUCUCGGUAUAUAGAAAGCUAUUUCAUGUUUGAAACCUUAAAAUUGCCCAAAAUGACAUAUGGCAACCUUUUGGCUUUUUUGCCGCAAUAGUUAUGAGAUACCAGAUCUUUGUAACCAAGUAUUGAGUAUUUUAGUCAACUUGCCACAGUUGCGAAGAUAACAGACUGUCUCUAAACGUGAAGUUUAAACAAUUUUCUAAUUUCGGUCCAUGUACAGUGCUAUAUAGCAAUGGUUCAAAAUGUUGAGCCUGAAUCGCAAACAUGAUCUUGCUAAGAAUGUGGCGAACAUGGGAUACCGUAGAUGGACUACGAUACUAAGUGCAAAAACUGGUGAAACGAAUAUAAGCAACGUGUUCCUGAUCCUGUUUCGCUAAGCUUUUUGAACUCUCCAUUGAUUGUGUCGUCAGUUCAGGCAUGACGGAAGUUGAUUUUCAUAGCAAUGUAUAAAUGAAUUUUGGUCUUCAAAACUGUAUAAGGCUCUCCUUUACUUUAUAAUCAUAAAAUAUAUGUGUUUUUUGAACUGAUAAAUUAAAGGAAGGUGACGGAGAAGAAAGAGCCAUUAAAUUGGGCUCUCAGUUUUAUUUGUUCGACCCCACCCAAGAACAGUCACAGCAAAACCCGGGGGGACCUCCCUUACAAAAUUAUUGUGCUUCUUAUACCCCACUGGCGUAUAAAUUGGGAAGUGGUACCGCUUACAGUGCUAAAAUGCAAUAUUCUCAAUUAUUCAAAAAACUGCAAUGCGAAAAGCAUAUGUGGCUGAACUAUCAUGAUAGCACGUCAUCGACCUACAGCUUUAGGUUACUACAAAAAAUUAUUAAGAAGGCGUAAUAUGAAGAAAAAAUACAUGAUUAGCUGCGGGUCAACGAGCUGAGUAGGUUGAAUUCGCUGAGAGUGAAAAUACGGACGCCAUUGUGCAAUAAUUGACAUAUUGUUUUCUUUUUCGAUUCCCGCCCGCUUGUUUUUUUUUUCUCUCUGCUCUCCACUCGCGCCAUUUGCCAUUCGCGCUCAUCUGAACACCUGAAACAGGCCAGUUCUUACCAUGAAAAUACUCCACUGAGUAAUUGAUAGCCUGCGUGGCAGGCGUUUGAAAGGGAAGGGAAAGGGGGUUUUGGGUGCGAGGGAAACGCGAGGGGCGCGCGAGGAGGGAGGGGAGGAGGGAAACGCCUGCCAGGAAACCAUUGUUUUCGCCAUCUCGCCUACUAAUUAUGUAUGCAAAAAUAACGCAACUGUGAAUGACUAGCUGUCAAAUAAGUCUGGCCGUGAUGCGCCUAUUAAAGUCGUAUUUCGCGUACUGUUUUUCUUUUGUUUUCCCAAAACAAGAAAUCUGAAGUGAAGGUACUAUUAAAAAAAGUAUAAAUGCGGUCGUCCGUUGAAGGAAGUCGCAACCAUACGAGGCUUGUUAUAUAAAAUCCAGCAUAAAUCUAUCACUUUUUUGCCGAAGGUAUCGUGUUGGACUUCCCAACUUGCAUGCAAUGUGUGUCGAAGAAAAUUAAUUACAAACACUUUGCCGCCUCUCGAACUGGAUCCAGCGGAGCAUAGAAAAGAACGCUGGUAGCGGGGAAAGAAGAGCUGAACUUCAAAGAUCUCCAAUAAGGCUAAUUCUGCAAUCAAUAUUAUUAUUAUUAAAGUAAGUUCCUGGCGGCUUUAUAACGUAUAUAACCAGUGAGAAGUCCUUAAACCAAAAAUCGGUAAGGAUUAUAGAUCGCUUCGUCUUCAACAAUCUGGUCGUUGAUUAAGCGUAGCUUGCGUUGUAGGCGUUUGAGGUCAAACAGCAGAUAAUUUUUCCUUUCUUUCUUCUAGUGAGUAAAACAAGCCGUUGGGAGACAAGACUUACACUAAAAACCAGUCAGCACAACUCAUCUAGCUGACAGGUCUUUCCCUUCAUACGAGUCUUUUAACUGCUUUCUUCUAUUCUCCUUUCAAGCUGCAAUAGAUGCCUUCAGUUUCUAAUCGUUCUAAAACGAUGAAUUCUAUACAGAAAUCUCAUCACGCCUCACUAACAACAUAUUUUUAAAUAAUUACUGAAAGAUUACUCAGUAGUGUGAUGUUGAUUUCAGCUAAUCGGAUUAAGGUAUUAAGGCUGUGAUUGACAUGUUUUGAAGACGGACCAAUCAGGAUUUUAACAUUUGCUUGGUGGAUGUUAAAAAGGAAAAAAACAAUGGUCUCCUGGCAGGCGUUUUCCUCCCUUCCUCCUCGACCGCCCCUCGCGUUCUCGCACCUAAAACUCCCUUUCCCUUCCCUUUCAAAACUCCCUUUCUCUUCCCUUUCAAACGCCUGCCACGCAGGCUAAGUAAUUGAGGGCGACUAAAGGAGCCUGCAGACUAUUCUUGGUUAGCGGUAUCGAGGUUUUUCCCAAAUCUGUCCACAUUCUUGGGAUGCUCGUGUUGCACCGACUAAUAUACAUGGUAUGUGGCCGCAAAGGUCCUGGUGUUGAGUUUAAGGUCCGUCUGAUGUCACAGUAAUCACGUGAAAGUACAUGCAAGUGAUGCAACAAUCAUUGUUCGAUUCGCAAGUAAACGUAAUUCAGGUACGCAAAUACUGUACCAAAUAUGAGACUUUUCUAUUCGCCUUGCCGGCCGAUUCUCUAUUUUCCCAGGAAAAUGAAAGCAGGGCCUGAUCUCAGCUUAGUGUGAGACGAGUUGUAUGGAAGAUACGAAUGUUAGCAAGGUCUAGAAAUCCAUGUAAAUUAAGUUUAUUCAGGUUCCACUCCAGUGCAUGGUUUUUGUAUUUUUAUACGAUGUCAGGCAUGUUACGUCGCUUGUCAUCUGAAAGCUUCAAUAGGCUUCAAACUCCAGUGGUAAACUAAGUUUUUCAAGAGCCAUAAUUAUGGCUCUUGGUUUUUUUCAUUAUUUUCUUUUGCAUAUCAAUUGCCUUAGGUCAUUAAACACGGAUUCAAUACUCGAUUGAAUAAUAAGACUUCAUGCAGUCGUGACGACUGUAUACACUUCAGGUUGAGCGUUGUGUCACGCAUUACUGUUUUCAUUGUAUCUUUGAAUGUGAAUACAGCCUUCUCUCUUCGGUCCUCACCAUUCGAAGGCUAAUAAUUGUACCUGAGUAACUGUGAAUAAAAUCGAUGAAUUAAAUAUGAGUAUUGUUUACUGUGUUGUUCAAUUCAGUUUCUACGCUCAUGAUCCGCAGUAAUUCAUUUUUUGACACUGGGACUAAAAGGGCUUUCUCUAAUUCACCUACACAAUUAUGAAAGCGGUUCUCAUCAAUCACAUCUCUAAGGUAAACCCACAUGUUCGCCCGCACUUCCUAACCAUCGGUUACUACUAGUUUAGUAAAAUCCAACUAGUGGUCUAUUAUCAAUGCUGCACUGUGAUUGGUUGAGUUACUACUAGGCUUGAUGUUAUAGCCUACUAAUAGGGAAACGCGGGGGUUUUUGGCGGCUAAAAAGGUUUAAAGUCUAGCCUUGACUAGCUUAAGUUGUUUUGUCUCGAUAUUUUUUACCAACUAGUCGGAUUUUACGAAAACAAUAGACCUUUUUACCGAUACGGCGGCCAUAUUGAAUUAAUUCAAUUUAAGGAUUAUUAUAGGAUGGCCAGGGGGCAUGAGCACAUUUCGUUUGUAUUUUCGAGCGCUUUUCGGAACAUUUUUUCUUAAAGUUUUCUUAGAACAAGAUUGUAAUGGGAAAAAAGAUCCUUGUGCCGUGUUUGGAUGAAAUAAUGAUCGCCUUUUUCUAGUUUAGUAUUAGAAAUAUGGUCUUUCACUGUAUAUUUCUCGGGAAAAAGGUGAUCAUUAUUAAAUCCAAACACGACACAAGGAUCUUUCUUCCCAUUAGAAUCAUAUUCUAAGAAAACUUUAGGGAAAAAUGUCCCAAAAGGCGCUCGGAAAUACAAACGAAAUGUGCUCAUGUCCCCUGGGCAUCCUAUAAUACUCCUUGAAUCGAAUUAAUUCAAUAUGGCCGCCGUAUCGGUAAAAAUGUCUAUUAUUCCUCUCGCCCUUAUGGGACUCAGGGCCCAUUCGGGCUCCAGGAAUAAUUGUUAAGUAGAUUGUGGAAGAGGUAAGCGGAAGCAAAUGGUGAAAAUAACGCAAUAAAAUGUGCUGUGAAAUAUGUAAUUGAUGUGGGUAUUUUUUUGCAUUAAGUGGUUUGAAUUACGGCGAAAAUAGAAACAGACGUCACGCACAGGCAUGCUAAAAGAAAGAUCCUGUUUCCGCUUAGACACCCUGCUUCCCUUGCUCAUUCGAUCGGUAACUCUGUAAUCAUGCUACAGUUGUGAUCUUAGCCUUCUUCGUUAACAGUAAGUACAUCAUCUACAAAAAACUGACAAUCUGGGGAUGGAAAGUUUGACGGAAAGGUUUUUUCAACAACCCUAAAUUGUUUAAAUAUACGUCAACCGGCAACUUUGGUAACAAUAGCUAAGGAUUACUAGAAAUACAUGAAUCGAAGGACCUCGCGAAGGACUUCGGGCGAACGGCAAGAAGUUGAAGGGAAAUAGGAAAAAAAUACAUAAUUUAAAACAAACUUAAGCUAUAUAAAGAAGCAAAACAAAACUACCAUAACUAAUUUAAAAAAAAAAAAAACUAAACGUUUUGUUACCACUAAGCCACGUAGAACAUAUUGUGAACGCAACGAUAAUAUUUUAUUGAAAGGCUUUUCCCUAGAACUUUUGCCAGCGCGCCCUGUCUAAAGUUGAUCGCGCCUCAUUAAACAAGGAUUCAAAGAUACCUUUCAGAAGAAUGACUGCUGUUUUGACGCUGAAAACCCAACGUAAACUCAUUUUAUCGCAUUUAAAGAACAGAUGCCGAACUAAGCCGAUGCGGUACAACUCUUUUGCCAUGAAAACGUGUUUUGUUACCUCGAUUUUCGCCCAUAUCUUCAGGGUUAUUAUCAAAAAUCGCUUCCAUUUGCUCUUAAAAGUACUUUUACAUUCGAAAUUCAUUGCAAAAAGCACUUAAUACCGUAAAACGACCGCAAAAAAACCGAAACCGAUAGAAAUAUGACCAAAGCGUUGACACUCUUCGGUGUUGCCUGGAAGCACAAAAUGUUCCUUGACGUCACACACUAGAUGACGUCAGGGCGGACACCAUGGAGAUAUAUGCAAGUAUAGAUGGACCGGCCGACUUUGCAGGUCGCUAACACCACGCGCGGGACAAGCGCUUAGCGCGCGACGAGAUUAUAAACCUCGAGAGGCAUGCAGGCGCCUUUGGCGCCUCACUUCGCGCGCAAUACACAUUUGAUUAAUCAUUAAUGUGUCCGCCAGUUGUAGCAUGACGAAUGAGUUGCCUGUUUUUCAUGCACAGGAAUAUUAAUGUCCAAAAUAAGUUUGGGCUUGCAGUGCAGUAUGUGGCUCUAUAAGAAUUAAGGGGAUCCUAUUUGAAACAGGCCAUAUCAGCAGAAGGCGCUGAAAUAGGAAAAAGUCAUUCGGGAGCCCAUAAGGCUCCUAAUUCUACGGCCCAUCAUUUUCCUUGAAGUUCACCUCACUUUUUAGUCUUUUUUACUCGGCUAACUCCAAUAGUUCAAUCCAGUUCUCCGCUUUCCCUUCAGAGUUCGAGUUACCUAGAUUCUUCUAUAUACAUGGGAUAUCGCGCAGCUGGGAAACAAUAAGGUCAGUCAAAAUGGCCGACACUUCAUGUGAUAUAAUAGGACAGGUGAGAGUGAAAACAAAGACUUUUUGUAAUAAAAAUGUCUCAUCGUGCCAUUGGCGACCUGUGACGUAGGUCAAAAUUGCCUACACUAUGGGGUUUACUGAAAACUUAGUUAAAACUCUGAACAUAUAGACAUUUGGCUUCCUUUGGAUCUGUUUCAGGUACAUGAGGUCACAGUGAACGUCACUUAUGCCGCCGUCAUAUCUCCUAACCACACCAUAGCAAUCGACUUUCAAUUUUGUUAAGGGGUGUUCAAAGUUUAUUGAUUUGAAUAAUUGAGCUACUUUUUGUUACAAAUAAACUGACGGCAAAUAAAAAUAAGAGUUUUUAAUAGUCAUAAUCAUUGUUUAAAAAUCACAGAAAACUUCCCUUGGGAAAAGGAAUCCUAACCCUAAGCCCCCCACUCCACCCCCUGUACGAUGGAGGGUUAAAGGGACUCGAUCACGGUUAUGCGCAUGCGCGCCGUUUGUCUCUUCAGAAUAAAUUUCGGGUCAACACUAAAUUCGAAAUCGCCAUUACCGGUGCAAUCAUUGAAAAUCCUUCGUUUUAUUCGGACAUCCGUCGCUUUGGCUAGUCUAGUUAUACUUCGGUAGUGGUGAUUAACCUGUGGUUGUGUUGUUUGACUGGUUACGCAAAAAAUACUGUUUUGAUCAUGGAGGUUAAUUCAGAAGAGCAUCGUGGCCGUCCGGCAACAAGCCGUUCUCAAGAGUCUUUGGAGUUAGAGAAGCUUAGCCGAUCGAUCUGGUAUGGUUCUAGGAGUAGUGUGUGGCUUAUGAAAAGAAUACACGACACUUGGAAAGUGGUUAAAGGCAUGAGUUCGUUCAACUUUGAUUUGAUUUUUGACUCCGACCUGUAGUUAUACCGCAACAGGCCGCGCGAUCUUCAGCAAUGCGUGUAUGUUAGGGUCAUUCAUUUUUUCUGAAAGUUGAAAAAUGAAAAAUGAAAAAUGAAAAUCUGUGUUCAAUUUUCAUUUUUUUUUAAAAUUAAAAAAUGAAAAAUAACAAUCGAAAAUUGAUUUUCAAUUUUCAUUUUUCUGUAAAUGUAUAGAAAAAUGAAAAUGAAAAUCGGCGUUCAAUUUUUAUAUUUUUAGGAAUUAAAAAAUAAAAAUUAAAAAGAAAUGAAAAUCUACUUUCCAUUUUAUUUUGUUUCUGAACAUAGAAAAAUGAAAAAUGAAAAUCUGUGGUCAAUUUUCUGUUUUUUUUUUUUUUUUUACUCAAAACGGAAAUGAAACUAACACGGAAAUAAAGAAAAACAACUAAUCACGAUACAACAGAUUCCCGCGAAAUUGCUGUCAUUUGUCAUCUUGUUCGAGUGUUUCUGUUGCAAUGGAAGAAGAUUAUAUUAUUUUCGAAUGAAUAGUAGAAAGACGAGUGAAACAAAAGAAGGUGACAGCGGAAAGAUUGGCACAAAUGUUUAGAGUAAGUCAUGCCGAAGAUUAUUGUAAUUGAGCUGAUUUCUUCCAAUGUUCUCAAUCAAAGCCUUAUACUGAAACCUCUCGUAAACGACCACCUCCGUAAGCGACCGUGACCACUUUUUCGGCUGAUAGUUUGAAAAUUUUCUACUGUCUUAAACCUCUGGUAAGCGACCACUUGACACAUGGUCUUACUAAACAGUGAAGCACGUGGCGGUAAAAAUGGACAAAAUGAAUUUAUUUUUUGGCUGUCACACAAAUAUUACUGUGCUUUUUUUAGUUCGAUCUAUAACUACAAUAUUAACCAUUACCCUUGAGAAGAAGACUCAGAUUUCCAGGUUUUUGUUCGUCAGACGUUUUAGGGACAUUUCUGUAAAGAAGUCACGUACACAAGUAAAAUUUUUUAACCACCAAUUUAUAGCGUCAUCUAAUUAAGUGCACUUCCGUAAAUGAACUGUCGCAUAGAAUAGCUAAUGAUUGUGUCAAUACAACUACCAGUAAUUGGUAGGAGAAAGUAACCUUUAUUAUCUUUUUAGAAUAAACAUACCACCCCAUCCUAGGUUGACUUGAAAAUUUCGCCCUUGCGGUCCGACCCUCGUAAGCGACCACCAAGCCUUUGCAUUUGGGUGGUCGCUUAUGGGAAAUUCGACUGUAGCUGACGGGACGGACCAUUAGAAAAGUUAUGGGGGGGGGGGGGGGUGUGGAAUUUUCGAGCAGCAGGUAUUAUUUUUCGUUAUCGAAUGCCUUGUAUGAAAAUUUUUUAGGCCAUAGCAUGAAUAUUUUUUAGGGUUAAUUGGCGUGCAUGAAUAUUUUUCAUUUAAUUUUUCCUUGCGCGAAUAUUUUUUUUGUACUUCGCCCCCCCCCCGACCCCCAUACGUUUUCUAAUGGUCCGUCCCUUAGACCUUCGUCAGCCUCUGAAGUUCUUCCAUAGCUGUCACAUGCAUUCCCUGCAAAAACACUUACAAACUAACAUCAGCUCAAUUACAAUAAUCUGCAGUAUGACUUACUCCAAACAUUUGAGCCAAUCUCUCCCCUAUCACCGGCAUUUUUUUCACUCGUCUUUCUACUCCUCGUUCUCCUACUCCUGAGAAAAAUAUAAUGUAAUCUUCCUGCAUUGCAACAGAAACACUCGACUGAACAAGAUCGAAGCUGAUGACAGCAAUUGCACGGGAAUCUAUUGUAUCUUUAUUUCCUGGUUAGUUUGAUUUCCGUUAUGAAUCCAUAGAAAAAAAGAAAAUUGACGACAGAUUUUCAUUUUUCAUUUUUCUGAAAAAAAUAAAAUUUGACACAGAUUUUCUUUUUUAUUUUUCCAUGUUCAGAAAAAAAUAAAAAUUGAACAUAGAUUUUCAUUUGUCAUUUUUCAUUUUUCAAUUUCUAAAAGAAUAAAAAUUGAACAUAAAUUUCCAUUUUUCAUUUUUUUAUGUUUAGAGAAAAAUGAAAAUUGAAAAUCAAUUGUCGAUUUUUAUUUUUCAUUUUUAAUUAAAAAAAAAUUGAACACAGAUUUUCAUUUUUCAUUUUUCAACUUGCAGAAGAAAUGAAUGACCCUAAUAUACAGGCAUUUUCACCGAUCUGGUACACUUGAAAUGUUCCUUGUAUCUUUGCUUUACGAUCAUAUAUGUUUAAGAAUUGAUGUUUUUAAAAUAAAUUAUUACCUGAAUAUUCUGUUUAUAAUCUAGUUUCUUCAUGUGUUCUACUCGAUAACAUUUGUUUUGCGGAACACUGACCCGAUGCAACGCGAAUGAAUUUGUUCAUUUGCUGAUAAGCAAUUGAAAUUUAUGCUCAGUUAAGGAUAAUCUUUAUACUCAUACGUUGUGUGUUUUUGUCACCGGUCAGGCGCUAUUUGUAGGUGUUUCUGGGUUUAUAUAAGGCGAACUGAGAGAACAGUAAUAAGAUGUUUGUUUACAAAUUUUGUUUGCCGAUCGGUGACUGCUUUAAUUUAGCGUGGGUACGACCUCGUAAAAAUAUACGUUGGUAAAUGUUUGUUUCAAAGCAGGACAGGGCUGUAAAUGUUAUUCUUAUCGGCUGCAACAUAUAUCUGAGGAGUAGCAAAGAAUAAACUUGAAUUAUAGGGAUAAAUAAAAUCAAACCAAAUGCCCGGAAAUACUCUCGUGUCGCGAACAGUUAAUUUGAAUUUUGUAAAUUUACUUGCGUGCAUCUAACUCGCUUUCGAUUGGUUUAAAAACAAUCAGCUACUUUCAGAACUCACACAUGCGCAUUAUCGUGAACCAGUCCCUUUAACAUAUCUAACUGACAGUCUCAAAUUUUAUCCCAUAAUUCUAAACAAAAAUAGUCAUUUUUUUAAAAACCUUCUACUUAUCGUUUGGGUUUUCUGUCUAAUUGUACUAUUGCAUCGUAUAACAGAGCUGAAAAAUGCAAGGAGCUCGAUUUUUGGCGUUGAAAUUUUUGAACGGCGAAGUGUCUAAAUUUUCGUACGGUUAGUCCGUGUGAAGGUGUGAAAGGAACACAUGAACGCAAGAAAUUUAAACUAGUCGAAAAUUCGUCCGGUGCCUUUAAAAUUUUAAGAUGAUGAAGAGGAUUAGAACAGUGUGGGGAGACUGCAUUGAAGAGAGCUCCAGAGAGAGCUCAGUAAGUCAUUGAUAAGGCGACAUUUUAAAUAUGGUAUUGUUAAAAUUUCAAGUCUUCUUUUAGUUUAUGUUUGAUGGCUUAACGUUGCUUUGUUAAAUGUCAAAGAAAGGUUAUCGAGCUGUAGAGUUUUUCGAAACGGGAGAUUGGAAUGCAAUUUCAACACUACCCUUGUUAGUUAUUUUCGUUUUUAGUGCCCCUUGUUUUCUUUUAUGAUUCUUUGGUAUAAAUUAAUUUGUCCCUUUGAGUUGAUUUGCUAACACAAGGGAUUAUUUUCCCAAAGGUUUCAAGGACCAGAAUUCUAUCAAGUAUGUCCUUUUCCCAAGAGUACUCCAAAGAACAGCUGAACUACUUCAGAAUUUGUUAUGCAACAACUGAUAUUCUCACCGAAGGCCUGAGAGAAAUCUUUAAACAAGAAUGGGAUAAACAGUACAAAUUAACAAAAGGAGAAUGGAAAGACGAGCCUCGGAAUGGAAUGGACUUUUAUAACGGAGAGUCUGCCCGAAAGCAAAGAAGAAAUGCUCAUCUUUUAACCACAAUGCAAAACGGAAACAGAGAAGAAUGGGAUUGCACAAUGCUUUUCUACGCCAUUCUUUUCUCCGAUUGUGUUGGGCCCAGUCUUAACGCAGCUGUGAGGAUGAACGUAGAUCAUCUUAGAAAUUUCAGGAACGAAGAAUUUGCUCAUAUGAAACAAGGUAGUCUCUCUGACACAGAUUUUCAGAAUGCUAUUAGCAAAGUUGAGGUGGCAUUUCAAGUGCUUGGUCUACACACUGUAAAAAUUCAAGAUUUAAAAAAUCAGAAAACGUUUCCGACAGACGAAUUACAACAGAUCCUUAAAAAGGUUGAUGACCUUAAACAAGAAGUUCUAGAAAAGGAGGAUCAACGCCAGGUCCUUGAAGAUCAGCUCCAGAAAGAAACGCCUUCGUUUUGUAUUCUCCCUCCUAAACCUUCACAUGACAUCGAUGAUCGUGAACGCGAGGUGUCAGAAAUAGCGCAGCAGUUGAGGGAGUUAAAAGAGUCCAGUGUCAACAAGCUGAGUUGUCUGUACAUCUCAGGGAAUCCUGGAAGUGGCAAAUCACAGUUAGCUGGCCUCGUAGCUAAGAGGUACUUUGACGAGAUUAAGGAAAUACCAGGCAGUUCUUCAUUUGUGAUGACCUUAAAGGCAGCUAGUCCAGAUUCACUCUUGGAGUCAUAUGUGUCAUUUGCUCGCCAUUUAAGGUGUCCAGACUAUUCGGUUAUGGAAAUCCUCAGCUCCAAGGUCUGGAAAGUAGAGGAAAAGAUCUCUUAUCUUAAGACGCUUAUUGCUGUAAAAAUUAGCUCUUAUACAUCUUGGCUACUUGUUGUUGACAAUGUCAGCACCAUGUCCUCUGUGCAUGUCCAUUUACCACAGGCUGGAAUCCACACUUGGGCAAGGGGUCAGAUGCUGAUUACAACUCAAGACAUUAGGUCAAUCCCCCCAAAGGGCUCUUUUGUUAAUCACAUCUCAGCAAGCGAAGGUAUGGAGCCAGACGAUGCCUGUUCCUUAUUGGCCAAGCUAUCUGGAAUAAAAGAUAGCGAGUUAUUGAGAAAAGUGGCACAAAAACUAGACUAUCAACCUCUUGCUUUAGCAGGCGCUGCCGUCUUUGUCAAAGGGAUACGAGAGGACAAAGCAUCGAAGUAUUUUGGCUGGAGCAAAUACCUGAAGAUGUUAGAAAAAGGCAAAAGAGAAACUACGGAGGAUACUCUCGCAUAUACAAACCCAAUUUACCCAAAGUCAAUGACACAAGCAAUUAAGCUAGCCGUCGAAACACUGAUGAGUUCUGACGAGAUUGUGAAACACCUUUUCACUCUCCUUUCCCUCUGCGCACCACAACAAUUAAACGUGGACGUAGCAAUUAAUUAUAUCAUUAACGUACUCCAAGACUUUCAUGAAGAGGACAAGGAACUAAUACGCAUGAAGUUAAGAAAUUGCUCACUUUUGCUUUUCGAAGAUGACCAAGGUGGCUACUUCAUUCGUGUGCACCAGGUUGUGCAUGAUGCUAUCAAAAUUAUGAUAAGUAAUUGUCCGGAGAGUCAAACCCCUCAAGUCCUAAAUGCCGUUAUUACAUCAUUUGACGAAUUUAUAGACGCUGUUCCACAAUUAAAUAGGAGACUGGACACCAUACGUCUGGUUCCGCAUUUAAAGACCAUAACCAUGGUAACCGACGAAGUGUUUGAAGAAGAAAAUUUUCUCCAAGUUCAUGAUCAAGACAUUUCAAAAAAAUGUGAAAACCUUGCGCAUAUUUGUAAAAUGCAUUGCGAAUUUAACGAGGCAAAAACAUACUUUGCCCUUUCACUCGCCCUAAAACUUGAAAAGCUCGGCCCUGAACAUGUUGAUGUUGCAAGAAGCUACAAUAACUUGGCUUCAAUUUACCAGGACCUAGGUGACCUCGAGCAAGCCAAGGAGUAUCAGCAACGUUCUCUAGCGAUUACACUGGACAAGCUCGGCCCUGAACAUGUUGAUGUUGCAACAAGCUACAAUAACUUGGCUUCAAUUUACCUGGACCUAGGUGACCUCGAGCAAGCCAAGGAGUAUCAGCAACGUUCUCUAGCGAUUAGACUGGACAAGCUCGGCCCUGAACAUGUUGAUGUUGCAACAAGCUACAAUACCUUGUCUUCAAUUUACCAGGACCUAGGUGACCUCGAGCAAGCCAAGGAGUAUCAGCAACGUUCUCUACCGAUUACACUGGACAAGCUCGGCCCUGAACAUGUUAAUGUUGCAGCAAGCUACAAUAACUUGGCUUCAAUUUACCAGGACCUAGGUGACCUCGAGCAAGCCAAGGAGUAUCAGCAACGUUCUCUAGCGAUUACACUGGACAAGCUCGGCCCUGAACAUGUUGAUGUUGCAAGAAGAUACAAUAACUUGGCUUCAAUUUACCAGCACCUAGGUGACCUCGAGCAAGCCAAGGAGUAUCAGCAACGUUCUCUAGCGAUUACACUGGACAAGCUCGGCCCUGAACAUGUUGAUGUUGCAACAAGCUACAAUAACUUGGCUUCAAUUUACCAGGACCUAGGUGACCUCGAGCAAGCCAAGGAGUAUCAGCAACGUUCUCUAGCGAUUAGACUGGACAAGCUCGGCCCUGAACAUGUUGAUGUUGCAACAAGCUACAAUAACUUGUCUGUAAUUUACCAGGACCUAGGUGACCUCGAGCAAGCCAAGGAGUAUCAGCAACGUUCUCUAGCGAUUACACUGGACAAGCUCGGCCCUGAACAUGUUAAUGUUGCAACAAGCUACAAUAACUUGUCUUUAAUUUACCAGGACCUAGGUGACCUCGAGCAAGCCAAGGAGUAUCAGCAACGCGCUCUAACGAUUAAGCUGGACAAGCUCGGCCCUGAACAUGUUAAUGUUGCAACAAGCUACAAUAACUUGUCUUUAAUUUACCAGGACCUAGGUGACCUCGAGCAAGCCAAGGAGUAUCAGCAACGUUCUCUUGCGAUUAAGCUGGACAAGCUCGGCCCUGAACAUGUUGAUGUUGUAACUAGCUACAAUAACUUGGCUUCAAUUUACAAGCACCUAGGUUACCUCGGGCAAGCCAAGGAGUAUCAGCAACGUUCUCUAGCGAUUACACUGGACAAGCUCGGCCCUGAACAUGUUCAUGUUGCAACAAGCUACAAUAACUUGUCUUUAAUUUACCAGGACCUAGGUGACCUCGGGCAAGCCAAGGAGUAUCAGCAACGUUCUCUAGCGAUUAAGCUGGACAAGCUCGGCCCUGAACAUGUUCAUGUUGCAACAAGCUACAAUAACUUGUCUUUAAUUUACCAGGACCUAGGUGACCUCGGGCAAGCCAAGGAGUAUCAGCAACGUUCUCUUGCGAUUAAGCUGGACAAGCUCGGCCCUGAACAUGUUCAUGUUGCAACUAGCUACAAUAACUUGGCUUCAAUUUACAAGCACCUAGGUGACCUCGGGCAAGCCAAGGAGUAUCAGCAACGUUCUCUAGCGAUUACACUGGACAAGCUCGGCCCUGAACAUGUUGAUGUUGCAACAAGCUACAAUAACUUGUCUUUAAUUUACAAGGACCUAGGUGACCUCGAGCAAGCCAAGGAGUAUCAGCAACGUUCUCUAGCGAUUAAGCUGGACAAGCUCGGCCCUGAACAUGUUGAUGUUGCAACAAGCUACAAUAACUUGUCUUUAAUUUACCAGGACCUAGGUGACCUCGGGCAAGCCAAGGAGUAUCAGCAACGUUCUCUUGCGAUUAAGCUGGACAAGCUCGGCCCUGAACAUGUUCAUGUUGCAACUAGCUACAAUAACUUGGCUUCAAUUUACAAGCACCUAGGUGACCUCGGGCAAGCCAAGGAGUAUCAGCAACGUUCUCUAGCGAUUACACUGGACAAGCUCGGCCCUGAACAUGUUGAUGUUGCAACAAGCUACAAUAACUUGUCUGUAAUUUACCAGGACCUAGGUGACCUCGAGCAAGCCAAGGAGUAUCAGCAACGUUCUCUAGCGAUUAGACUGGACAAGCUCGGCCCUGAACAAGUUGAUGUUGCAAGAAGCUACAAUAUUUUAAGCAAC